CUCUCUCAAAAAUUAUGCAAGACCCUGUAAUACGACAAGUUCUACGUCCUAUGGCUGUUGCUGUUCAUUCCAAGGCUGAGUUGAACUCCGAGUAACCAUGUCACGCAGCACUAGGAUUCAGUUCGUCAAGGCAAGACCCUCCCUCCCAGCCUCCCAGCCUCCUGCUUCAAUAGCCCUCCUAUACCCUUUCUCGUCCAUCAUCGCUAGCGAAUCCGCCUGUCCACAGCCUCUGCGAUGGACAUCUUCAUUCCUUCGAUUGCCAACUUUCAUCGUACCGCAUAUGACCGAGCGGCUCAGCUACGACAGCUUCACGCCUGUGUCCUCGUUCACAACCCUCUGAAACAACUGUUCGAAGGCUUACACCGACCAUGCAGGUGUCGCCGAUCCAUAUUCGUCACUGACAUAGACAUCGGGCGGCGAUGCCAAGUGACGUUGAUGCGACACCUGCCCACGCCUGCGUAUCUCGAUCGAUCGACCUCACCGUGCAACCUGCGAGGACCAUGGCAAUGAACAGUCAAUACAUCGCACGACGGUCAAGGUGCCAGCCCUACUGUACUUGGGAACGACUGGGACUCAUCCGUCUCCCCCAUGUCAUGCGCAUCGCCGAUCGCCCGCCAUCGACGUGAUCUGAGGGACCCCCGCGUCGCGCUCACGCCGCUUCUCCGGCAACAGAUCUCGCAACGUCGAUUCGGAUAGUACGUCACGUCAGGCGCACGACUGCGCUGUGCAGUACGCCGUGCGAUCCGACCAGACG